CAAAGUUUUGUUUUGUUUUGUUUUUGACUGGCUCAUGGUUUUGGACGGCUGGAAGGAGAACCAGGAGGUGAUGGAAACGGGACAGAGCAGGCCGCUGGCUCUGGAACCCUGAUGAUCUUUCACUGAACCCACACUUUUGGGAGGGGCUGGUGACAAGCCCUGCCCUGGGAACCGAGGAACACUGGGACUUGGUCCUUGUCCCUAAGGAGCUCCCAGGUGGCGCCGCUGCCGGAUGGGAGUGCCCGGGCACGUGCGUGUCGCAUGAGGUCGGCACACGCACCAUGUCAUCAUGCGUCUCUAGCCAGCCCAGUAGCGACCGGGCCGCCCCCCAGGAUGAGCUGGGGGGCGGGGGCGGAAGCAGCAACAGCAGCGAAGGCCAGAAGCCCUGUGAAGCCCUGCGGGGCCUCUCGUCCCUGAGCAUCCAUCUGGGCAUGGAGUCCUUCAUCGUGGUCACUGAGUGCGAGCCGGCCUGCGCUGUGGACGGCGGCCUGGCCCGGGACCGGCCCUUGGCCCCUGGCGGAGAGGUCCGCCUCGAUGUCUCCGGGUCCCAGGCCCGGCCCCACCUCUCCAGUCGCAAGCUCUCUCUGCAAGAGCGGUCCCUGCUGGAUGCGAAUGGGCGCUGCGUCUACCCGGCCCUGCCCCACUCGCCCGUGGGCUCUCCGCAGUCCUCGCCGCGGCUGCCCCGGAGGCCCACGGUGGAGUCGCACCGCGUCUCCAUCACCGGGAUGCAGGAUUGUGUACAGCUGAAUCAGUACACACUGAAGGACGAAAUUGGAAAGGGCUCCUAUGGCGUGGUCAAGCUGGCCUACAAUGAAAAUGACAAUACGUACUACGCAAUGAAGGUGCUGUCCAAAAAGAAACUGAUCCGACAGGCGGGCUUUCCACGUCGCCCCCCUCCCCGAGGGACCCGGCCAGCCCCCAGGGGCUGCAUCCAGCCCAGGGGCCCCAUUGAGCAGGUGUACCAGGAAAUUGCCAUCCUCAAGAAGCUGGACCACCCCAACGUGGUGAAGCUGGUGGAGGUCCUGGACGACCCCAAUGAGGACCAUCUGUACAUGGUGUUUGAACUGGUCAACCAAGGGCCUGUGAUGGAAGUGCCCACCCUCAAACCGCUCUCGGAAGACCAGGCCCGUUUCUAUUUCCAGGAUCUGAUCAAAGGCAUCGAGUACUUACACUACCAGAAGAUCAUCCACCGGGACAUCAAACCUUCCAACCUGCUGGUUGGAGAAGAUGGGCACGUCAAGAUUGCGGACUUUGGCGUGAGCAACGAGUUCAAGGGCAGCGACGCCCUCCUCUCUAACACCGUGGGCACUCCCGCCUUCAUGGCGCCCGAGUCGCUCUCGGAGACCCGGAAGAUCUUCUCUGGGAAGGCACUGGAUGUUUGGGCCAUGGGUGUGACGCUGUACUGCUUUGUGUUUGGCCAGUGCCCAUUCAUGGAUGAGCGGAUCAUGUGUUUACACAGUAAGAUCAAGAGUCAGGCCCUGGAAUUUCCAGAUCAGCCUGACAUAGCCGAGGACUUGAAGGACCUGAUCACCCGCAUGUUGGACAAGAACCCCGAGUCGAGGAUCGUGGUGCCUGAGAUCAAGCUGCACCCCUGGGUCACGAGGCACGGGGCGGAGCCGCUGCCAUCGGAGGAUGAGAACUGCACGCUGGUCGAGGUGACAGAAGAGGAGGUGGAGAAUUCGGUCAAACACAUACCCAGCCUGGCAACCGUGAUCCUGGUGAAGACCAUGAUACGAAAACGCUCCUUCGGGAACCCGUUUGAGGGCAGCCGGCGGGAGGAGCGCUCGCUGUCAGCGCCUGGAAACCUCAUCAAAAAAACAACCAGGGAGUGUGAGCCCCUGUCUGAGCCCAAGGAAGCAAGGCAGCGAAGACAGCCUCCGGGGCCCCAACCCGCCUCCCGUGGGGGAGGAGGAAGCGCUCUUGUGAAAGGCGGCCCAGGCGUGGAGAGUUGGGGGGCCCUGGCCCCCGGCUCCGGCAAGCGGACGCAUCCUCCGCGGCCGGACGAGGCGAUGGAGUAGCUGCCGGACCUCGACCUCGCAUGCACGUCUCACCUCUGGGGGCUGCGCCCUGCGUUUCCAUAGCAGCAUGUCCUACGGAAACCGAGCACGUGUGUAGAGCCUUGACCAUCAUCUCUGGUUAUUGUUGUUGUUGUUGUUGUUUUUCCCAUUUGUUUGUUUGAUUUCUUUAUUGUUUUAAAGGAGACAAAAAAAAAAAAAAAAGACGACUCCAUGACAUCGACCUUGGCCGCUGGCUGGCUGAAUGGGAGGGUGUGAGGAGUUGCAGACCCAAAGCCAUGUACAUUUGGGGACAAUUGCUUUUUAAAAUGUUUUUAUGCCAAAAAUCCUUCCUUGUGAACUCAGAAUCAUGUCAGAUAUACCAAGUGAAUGUGUGUGGAGUUUGAAAAUCGGGGAAAACUGGCAGGAAACUCUGGUGGUGUGGUCUGAGACCACACUCGCUGCAUUUGAAAGGGAGGGGAAGAGCGGGUGUGACUUCGCGCAAAACCCCAAGUCCCGAACCGUGGCACCUUCUAGAACUGUGGACUCAAGGAGUCAGGACAGGGCUAGCCCUCAGUAGCUGCAGGGAGCUUCGAUGCAACUUAUUCCUAAGAAGGACUUAAAAUUUUUUUUUAUGAGUAGAGCUGUAGUCAGGAAAACGGAAAGGGCUUGACACUUAACAGCUUCACAGGGGGGAUUUUCCAGCCUCAGAGGGGCAUUCAAUGGUUGUGGUGGGACAUCUCCCCUAAAGGACUGAACGAGUGUGUUUCUUUAUGACAGCCGCUCAAGGCUGAAACUUUUCUUCCAUAGUUGAGGGAGCUCUGGUAAAUCUCUUGUUAAAUUACAAAAACUUCAGGGUGAAAUCCUACACUUCCAUGUACAUUACAUGGCUUAAGAGUAAACAACAACAAAAAAUACUUUCGAUUUUCUAACCAGUCUGAACUCUAGAGCAGUUCAGAGAUCAUUUCGAGCUUCCAGGAUCUCUCCCAUGGCUUCAGGGAUGUGAUCGGAGUUAGAGCCAAUGAAAUCUGUGCCUGUAUAUUAGCAGCUCACCUUGUUUAUAACCUGUGUAUUCUAGAGGCUGCUAAGGUUCUGUUUUCUUCUUAAAUACUAGCUGAUUGUUGUAGUCAAUGAAACACUUAUCCAGUUUCUGGAGGGCCAGUUAAGAAAUACUUUCAUUCAACUGAGACACAAAUGAUCGCCCUUACCGGCAAAACUCUGUUUGGAUCUACACAAUAACUUUAGGGCGCCCUUUAAGAGAAGAUUACUGAAACCUAGAGCAGUCCUCAGGUCCAAGGGAACCAGGGCUUGGUACAGGGAGUUCCUUUUUGUAGCCAGAAGUCCAGAAAGAAAAAAUUUACCUUUUUGACUUCCAACUAACCUUGGGAAGUUUGGUUGCAGUUCAAGUGGACUUCUUCCAGAGCCACAUGUAGGUGAGUGUGAAGUUCAAGAGGGAGGACAAUUGGAAGGACUUUGUCUUCCUUCCUUCUCUGGAAUUCCCAGUGCUCUGUGGAAUCUGGCUUGGGGGAAGUAGUGUCAGUAACUGGGCUCAGAAGGACGCGCUUUCCUGUAGCUUCUGGCUGAUCAGUGUUGGUAUGAGGACUCUUUGCGGAGAGACAGAGAAGCAGGCCUUGUUCCCCCGUCCAGCGCGUUCGCAGAGCCCGGGUGUUCUUGGCUUCCAUCAGUCUUCAUAAGCUCUUGACUGUCGUUUAGCCAGACUUUUCUUGCUACCUUAAAAGCAGUACCGAGUUAGAGAAUGCUGGUUUCCAAGAGCAAAGGACACCCAUCUGCUGGAGGGUCCUCUGGCCUGCUUGCUUUCUUUCUGUAAUCUGGUACUUCCUCUCACCUCCUGUGCUUGUUUAAAUUUACAGGCUCCAGCCUUCCUGGGAGCAAACAGGGUCUGGUUAGUUUGCAGUAAGCACCUUGCAGUGGUUCAGGUCAACCGGUCCUUAGUCUUAGUCCUAGCCUGUCUGUUUGGACUCUGGCCUGGCCGAGUGGCUCGCCCAGGGAGGGCGGGCAGCAUGCAGAGCCUCUGCAGAACUCCUCCUGUGUUUACACAACUGCAUCGGGCGACGCCAUUUCUCCCACCGCGAAACUCUCCGUCUAAGGGUUCACAUGUGGAAUGCCAGCGAUCAGGCAGCACUGAGCUAUGUAGGCGGGUGGGUUGGGGGAGGCCCACGUUCAUUACUUUUUUUUUUUUUUUACACUAAGAAACACCAAAGAAAGCUGU